CCUGCUCCGCGGCGCCCUCGCCGGGUGCGUGCCGCUCGCGCGCCCGCCAGCCAGGCUCUCCGCGCCUGCCGCCCGCGCCGCGCUGGCCCGGGCCCUCCCGCCCGCGCUUCAUGGCUGCACACGAGUGGGACUGGUUCCAACGCGAGGAGCUCAUCGGGCAGAUUAGCGACAUCCGAGUGCAGAACCUGCAAGUUGAGAGGGAAAAUGUGCAGAAGAGGACCUUUACUCGAUGGAUAAAUCUACAUCUAGAAAAGUGCAACCCACCUCUAGAAGUUAAAGAUUUAUUCGUCGAUAUACAAGAUGGCAAAAUCCUAAUGGCUUUGUUAGAAGUCCUGUCUGGGCGGAAUCUGCUGCACGAAUACAAAUCCUCAUCACAUCGUAUUUUUCGGUUGAACAACAUAGCGAAAGCACUUAAGUUUUUGGAAGAUAGCAAUGUAAAACUGGUUAGCAUUGAUGCAGCAGAAAUAGCAGAUGGCAACCCUUCUUUGGUUCUUGGGCUGAUAUGGAACAUAAUCCUCUUCUUCCAGAUUAAGGAGCUCACAGGCAACCUCAGCAGAAACUCUCCAUCUUCCAGCUUGUCCCCUGGCUCAGGGGGCACAGACUCAGACUCAUCCUUCCCACCCACACCCACCGCAGAGAGGAGCGUGGCAAUAUCGGUGAAAGACCAGAGGAAGGCCAUCAAGGCCCUGUUGGCAUGGGUGCAGAGGAAAACGAGAAAGUAUGGCGUGGCGGUGCAGGACUUUGCGGGCAGUUGGAGGAGUGGGCUGGCUUUCCUGGCCGUGAUCAAGGCCAUUGACCCCAGCCUAGUGGACAUGAAACAGGCCCUGGAAAAUUCCACACGAGAAAACCUGGAGAAGGCGUUCAGCAUCGCACAGGAUGCCCUGCACAUUCCCAGGCUCCUGGAGCCAGAAGACAUCAUGGUUGACACACCGGACGAGCAGUCUAUCGUGACUUAUGUGGCACAGUUUCUAGAACGUUUUCCGGAGUUGGAAGCUGAAGAUAUUUUCGAUUCAGAUAAAGAAGUUCCUAUCGAAUCCACUUUUGUUCGCAUCAAAGAAACUCCUUCUGAACAGGAGAGCAAAGUCUUCGUUCUGACUGAAAAUGGGGAGCGUACCUACACUGUUAACCACGAAACCAGCCACCCACCACCCUCCAAAGUCUUUGUCUGUGACAAGCCUGAGAGCAUGAAGGAAUUCCGCCUGGAUGGUGUUUCCAGCCAUGCACUGUCAGACAGCUCCACCGAGUUCAUGCACCAGAUCAUUGACCAGGUCCUGCAAGGGGGCCCAGGUAAGACCAGCAGCAUCACUGAGCCAUCUCCAGAAUCCUCCAUUUUAUCAUCCAGAAAGGAGAGCGGGAGGUCCAACUCUUUGCCAAUCAAGAAAACAGUUCACUUUGAGGCUGACACCUACAAGGAUCCUUUCUGCAGUAAGAACCUGUCCCUUUGCUUUGAAGGGAGCCCAAGAGUGGCAAAGGAAUCAUUGGAGCAGGAUGGACAUGUCUUGGCAGUUGAGGUUGCUGAGGAAAAGGAACAGAAACAGGAAUCCUCGAAGAUUCCAGAAUCCUCUGACAAGGUCCCUGGUGACGUUUUUUUGGUGGAGGGCACAAACAGUAAUUCUCAGUCUUCUUCCUGUAAUGGCGCUUUAGAGAGUACAGCCCGCCAUGAGGAAGAAAGUCACUCUCUUUCACCCCCAGGAGAAAAUACUGUGAUGGCCGAUUCCUUCCAGAUCAAGGUUAACCUGAUGACUGUAGAAGCUUUAGAGGAGGGAGACUAUUUUGAAGCCAUCCCAUUAAAAGCCUCAAAGUUUAACAGCGACCUAAUAGAUUUUGCUUCUACCAGCCAGGCUUUUAACAAAGUUGCUUCACCUCAUGAGACAAAAGCUGACGAGGAUGCUGAGGCUUUUGAGAACGAUGCUGAAAAACUGGGUAAAAGGAGUAUUAAAUCUGCUCCCAAAAAGAAGGAUUCGCCAGAGCCUCAAGUUAAGAUGGACAAACAUGAACCUCAUCAGGACUCCGGAGAAGAAGCUGAAGGCUGUCCUUCAGCCCCAGAAGAGACACCAAUGGAUAAAAAGCCAGAGGUGCAUGAAAAGGCCAAGAGAAAGUCCACCCGUCCUCAUUAUGAGGAAGAGGGAGAAGACGAUGACCUCCAGGGUGUGGGUGAGGAAUUAUCUUCCAGCCCCCCAAGCAGCUGUGUCAGCUUGGAGACCCUUGGGAGUCACAGCGAAGAAGGCCUGGAUUUCAAGCCCUCCCCACCCCUCUCAAAGGUUUCUGUCAUUCCCCAUGACCUCUUCUAUUUCCCACACUAUGAGGUUCCCCUGGCUGCAGUUUUGGAGGCUUACGUAGAAGACCCGGAGGAUCUAAAAAAUGAAGAAAUGGAUCUCGAAGAGCCAGAGGGCUAUAUGCCAGACCUGGACUCCAGGGAGGAGGAGGCCGAUGGCUCUCAGAGCAGCUCCAGUUCCUCGGUGCCAGGCCAGAGCCUCCCCAGUGCCAGCGACCAGGUGCUGUAUCUCAGCAGGGGUGGUGUGGGUACCACACCAGCCUUGGAACCCGCUCCACUGGCCCCCCAUGAGGACCACCAGCAAAGGGAGACCAAAGAGAAUGACCCCAUGGACAGCCAUCAGUCCCAGGAAUCCCCAAACUUGGAAAACAUAGCAAACCCUCUAGAAGAAAAUGUAAUGAAAGAAUCAAUCAGUAGUAAAAAAAAGGAAAAAAGGAAACAUGUGGACCACGUAGAAAGUUCACUAUUUGUAGCACCAGGAAGUGUUCAAUCCUCAGAUGACCUAGAAGAAGACACUAGCGACUACAGCCUUCCUUCCAGGACUAGUCACAGUGACUCCAGCAUUUACGUUCGACGACAUACUAAUAGGUCUUCGGAAUCGGAUCAUUUUAGCUAUGUUCAGUUGAGGAACGCAGCAGAUCUGGAUGACAGAAGAAACCGAAUGUUAACCAGGAAGGCCAACAGCUCAGGAGAAGCCAUGUCACUGGGGAGCCACAGCCCGCAGAGCGACUCCCUGACACAGCUUGUCCAGCAGCCGGAUAUGAUGUAUUUUAUUCUCUUCCUGUGGCUCCUGGUGUACUGCUUGCUGCUCUUCCCACAACUGGAUGUUAACAGGCUCUGAUACGUGUGUCUGGAUAAUAAAAAAGACAGGACCCUGAUCAGGGGCGGGGUUACUUCAUUUUAUUUUGGGUUCCGGGUAGGGCACUUCCACAGACAGUUGAGGACCUCUGAGGAAACUUAGACCCCCUUUCUUGCUAUUGUGGUUUUUUUUAUUAUUAUUAUUCAGGUUUCUUUUUUUUUUCUGGACGACCUGAGCAUGCUUUUUUCUUUGGCUGUGUACUCAAAACUCAGGCAUGCAGCUGGAUACGUAGGUGGGGUUUUGUCCUUGUGUGCCUUGCUGGGUUGGAUAGGGAGCAUUGUUAGUGAUCAUUAGCCCGCCUGGAUCUUAGCACACCCCACAUGCAGGUUCACACGCUGGAUGAACUCCAGUUUCUUACCUCUCAGAUGAAGGGCUGCUUGAAGAGAAAGAGGGUGGGCACCCCAGGCCGAGCCCCAGCUGGGAAGAAAGCUGCCACGUUUUCCUCCAGGCGUGGGUGUUUGAGAGAAGGUGCUGGGAUCCAUGCACCUGUUGCAGUCUGGUAACUAGUUGCAUUCACUAGGGGAAAUCCGAGCAGCCGGCUCUGUGCAAGCACAUCCGGGAAUGGCAGAAUCCAGGGAGGAAGGUGAAAGCGUGUUGAGAGCCAGUGUGUGCUCUUUUUCACCCCGGUUUUUUGUUGUUGUUUUUUUGUUUUGUUUUUUGUUUGAGGGGAGAUGCACUUGAAAUUCAGUUUUCCAUUGAUUGGAUUGAGAUAGAACCAUGAUUUUCAAACCAGAUCGCCAGGGCCCAUCAGGGCCCUAUAAAAGCCAUGAGGAGUAGCUGGGCUGGAAUCAGCUCCCAGCGGUGCUGGAGCUGGGUGGUGGGGCAGCUUCCUGCCCACGAAAGCUUUGGUGCACACCUUCCUCAGAAUGCAUGUCUUGGAACGGGCAUUCUUUGUCACUUGUAAUGGGUUUCUUGAAGAAGCUUUCUGGACAGCACUCCGGGAGCAGGCCAGCACAGGAGGUUUGUGAAAGAAGAGGCGUCUCUAGCACCCCUGCCACCAGUCUUCCUCCGCCCCGGGCUCCCUCUGCUCUCUCCUUCCUGCCAAGACUCAGGUCCAUGGUGAGUCUCUGCAUUGGUUCCUCCUCCCCUUGCUCUCCCCUUCAGAAAGCAUGUACCAGGCAACCCUUAUAAAAUCACACAUGAGUCAGGAGGGGACUCAGUGGGCAUCUUGUCUAGCUGAACCCAGAGAGACAGAGCAGCUUGACCAAGAUCAUAUAGCCAACCAGGGGCAGACUUGCAGUGAGCACACAGGCACCUGAUGCCCUGUCCAGAGCUGUCACCCCUUGUAGGAAACUUCCACCGGGCACACCAGUGUCCUGAGAAAAAGAUAAAAUGACUAGAUUAAAAUGUCCACAUUCAAACAAAACCAAAAAUUUUAGACCAACUAUCGACAUUUGUUUUGUUCUUGUAUUUUUCCCAUGAGGAAUUCUUAUUCACCUUCAAGCUCAUCCCUGAUUCCUUCUGAAACACCCUUGACAGCUGCAAGAGCUUGUCAUUUGACAUACCAGCGUCGCUGUUACUCCAGGAAUCACGUUUCUUUCUUUGCUAGCCAAGGACUUGCUCAUUUCAAGUGCUGGGUUUCGAGUUUACAGAAUUCCAGCAUGGCCAGAAGAAUUUACAUAGCACAUCUGAGUCGAUGACAGCCAAAAUCUGGCCUCUAAACCAGUCUGAUUAUAGUCUGUCUCCCCUCCUGAAAGAAUUUCAGCCGUCCAAGCAGAAAGCUGCUGGGAGCUUGGAGUGAUUCCAUCUGGAAGGCCAAGAGCCCCAUGGAAAAUGAGCUAAUUAAUGAGCUCCCUGGCAUCAAUGAAAGCUCAAAGGUACAGAUAAUAAAGAUUAUGUGAUAGUUUAUAACCCUGGGCACCAUGCAGUCCUCGCCUAAAUUAGAUGCUCGAAGAGCCUGGGAAGAGCCAACCCAAAUGUGAAUCAUUUCAUUUUAUGGGUCUAGACCUUGUUCAGAAAAACCUCUGCAGGAUACUUCUCUCACCUAUUACAACUUGUAAUAUUGUUUAAAACAUCUACUGGCAAGAUGCCUGAAAGUCAUUUGGUUCAGGUUGGCAGUCAACUGAUUUUUUGAAAAGGAAAAAAAAUCUCAUUUGAGUAUAGGCUUCUAUGGAAGAAGCUGGAUAUAGAAAAUGGAUGUGGAAGUCUGCAGGACAAACCACCCCAUUGCUUGUAAUUUUUUUUAAAUUAAAAGAAAUACAAUAAGGCUUUUAACAAGAACUAGCAGUCCCCUAAGUCUCACUGGUUAGAAGUAACCACUUUCAACUCCCUUAUGUUUGCAUUUCUACAUAACGUGCUUACACUUUAUUUUUUAAUUUAGAAACAUCUAUUGGCUUGCUGUCACAGUAGAGGAGGAUUUCACUCUUACCAUACCAUGCUUUGGUUUUCCAGUAUAGCUAGAUCACAUCAUUUAGUACAUUUCUAUUAGGUGUUGACAUUACCUGGAGCACUUAAGGAUUGUUGACUCCCAAGCCCAGCAGUGUGUUAUGGUUACAUGUCCUUUCUCCUCCAAAUGUCCCUCUUAAUUUGCUAUUCUCUCUCUUUAUUUAUUUAUUUUUUUGGUGUGGCACAUUCUUUAAUAACUUCCUGAGGAAGAGAACAUGGGAAGUAAAUAUGGUUGUAAAUAUUUUGUGAUUUUUGCAUGACUUAAGAUGUCUGUAUUCUGCCCUUAACAGAAAUGUGGCUGAGCAUAGAAUGACAGGUGGAAAAUAAUACCCUUCCCUAGCCCCUCCCAAGCGUGCUGGUUGAGAUUUCUGAUGCCAUUCUGAUUCCCAUACCUUUAUAUGUGACUUAGGUUUUUUUAUCCACCCUUCCUGGAAACAUUUAAGAUCUCUUUAUCCUUGGUGUUCUGAACUGUCAUGAUGGUGGUGUAUCCUGGGUGUUAAACCUUGUGCUGGGCCUUCAUGGGAAAUUUCUUAAAUUUUCUUGUGAUUACUUACAUUCUUUCUUCCUGGACCACCUAUUAUUUCAAUGUUAGACCUCCCUACCCCCAGGCUGAUGCUCUAAUAUUUUUUAUCUUUUCUAUUUUUCAUCUAUGUUUCUGCUGCUUUCAGGAAGAAUUAUUCAUUUUUAUCUUCCCAAUCUGAAGGUUUUAUUGAAUUUUUAUUUUCCAAAUUAGCAAAACCUUUGGUCAUUAUCCUGUCUUUGUUUUCUAGUGUCCAGCUCUUGAUGCGUGGAUGCAGAUUUUGUCUCUCUGUGGACGUUAAUGAUUGUGGUCUGAAGGGAAAUUCUUUUCUGCUCCCUGUGUUGCCCUCAUUUUCUCUGAGUUCUCUUUAUUUUGCUGGUCUCAGUCUCUGUCUUUCACGUUGUAAAUUUUUCUCAAAUAUCUGGUGAUCCUGUGGAUCCGUUCGUGUUUAAGAGUGAGGCAUCCAAAAGCUGAUUGGAAGUUUGUGUGCCAGCUGGUGAGCUUUUCCACUAGGGUCACCAGGUGGGCAACUGGACUCAUCAUUGGAGAAUGCUGCCUGUCAAUAUUUGCAGGUGUUUUCUCUGGGGCUCAUUCUGUUUCUUUAGAGAUAUUCCCACUACUCUCCUUCCUGGGAAACAGGGGUAUACACAGGGCUUUUAGCCUACGCUAAGCCCUCAUGUGGUUUCAAAAACGGUGUCCCAUCUGGGCAGAAGCCCCCAUGAGCACUUGGCUUGACUGGCAGAGGACACCUUUUGCCCCUUCCUCCAGACAUACCCAGCCCUGAGCUUGGACAAUGCUUGAGGAACAAUGAAAAGGCUAGAUUUUAACUCCUAAUUGCCCUCUUUAGCCAGGUGCCUCUGUGCAAUGCACAAACUUUAGGGUCAUAUCCAGAGACCCUGGUCUAUACUCAGUGUGCCCGAGUCCUGACCACUGAGCAGGCAGCCUCAUCACCUGUGAGUAUUUAGACUUUCAUUAAGUUGCUUCCACCUUUGCUGUGCCCGGUGUCCCUGAGUCAGAGCUGCUCUGAUUUCUCCAUGGAGUAGGAGCACAGUGGUCAUCUGGCUGCAUGGGAAGGACAGGGGACAUCAGAGCCAAUAAAUGCCCUGGUCUUCAGCCCCAUGUCUCACCCCAUCCCUCCCAUUCCAAUCCCCAAGCCUCUCCUGGAGGCCACAGGGCAUCUCUGCUAACCACUGUGUGGCCUCCCCUCUGCAAGCAUGUGGUUUUAGGAUCCCCUACCUUGCUCACUUCUCCGUCAGUUCCAUUCCUGCAUAAAUAGAUUGCUAGCUCUUGCUUACUGUUCUCUUCUGUAUCCCUCUGUGUUCAUGGUUGUAUUAAUAUAACUUUCAUUCCUCUGCUCCUAUUUUCAUGGGGUUUCAUGAGGGAAGAAACGGGCUCAUGUGUUCAGUAUACCACCUUGAUCCGUAAACCCAAUUUGAGUUUUCUCACUGGUUGCUUAGGGGCCUUGCUGCUCUGACUGGUUUGUGAAUGUGCCCUGAGUCCAGCUGGGACUGUAGCAACAUUCAUCCUGUUGAGCUGUGGUCUGCUAAGUGAUUUUGUGUAAUGCUAUGCCAAGUGCAGGAGAGGGUUAAAUAGCAUGGCUAAGCUCUGCUUGAAUGCCAUGAUUAGUUAUUACCUUCCUUCCUUCCCCCUGGUUUUGCUGCCUAUUGUCAGUAAAUGAUCUUAGAUCUCCUGCCUCCCCAAAGAUAUAGUCUAUGUGGUGGUCUGGGUCCUAGGUUUUCUUUACCACCCUUGCUUCAUUUAAGAAACAGAAAACUGGCUAGGCACAGUAGUGGCUCACACCUAUAAUCCCAGCCCUUUGGGAGGCCAAGGCAGGAGGAUCGCUUGAGGCCAGGAAUUCAAGACCAGCCUGCACAACAUAGCAAGACUCCAUCUCUACAAAAAGUUAAAUUUAAAUUAAUGGUGGCAUACACUUAUAGUCCCAGCUACUCAGGAGGAUGAGGCAGGAGAAUUGUUCGAGCCCAGGACUUCAAGGUUACUGUGAGCUAUGAUCCUGCUAUUUCACUCCAGCCUGAGUGACAGAGCGAGACCCUGUCUCAAAAAUAAACAAGUAGUCCACACAGGUGUUUGCCAGCAAACAGCACGGAUUCUCUGUUGAAUGUGGCCAACAUUUCCUCAUCGAAGUUUGUAUCUUGCCAUAGUUGAUGAUCAGGUGGUCGGGGCUUCCUGGUCAGACCUGACCUUUGUGGGGAGAUGUUCUCCCACCAAGGCUUGGAAGCAGGACACUCUCGCUGCCCCCUGGGCAGCACCCAGAACAUGGGCUUCUCCAUUUCUGAGGUUCAGCGUAGUUCCCCCCACCCUCUUCCCAUGCAGUGCAUGCCUGCUCUUUGUCAGGAUGGAACAGAGGGAAGGCAGACGCACUGGGGGCAGCCUGUGUAGUUGAUCUCUGUAAGUCAUAGACUGUUCAAAAACCUCAGGAAUUAUGUAAGCGUUCACUGCCUCAUUUAAGAGAUGAAAAACUGAAGAUUAGAAAGAGGAAACGACUAGUCGCCCUGCUAGUUGAUGGCCUCCAGAUAGCCAUCUUCAUUCCCAGUUAAGUUUACUACAAAAGCACAGCCUCAGCUGCUGAAGCUAACCUCCCCCCCACCAUCGCUAGGGACUCAGAACACCAUGGAGCUCAUCUCUCCAACAAAAGUCAGAAUUAGCAAGUACAGAUGUGUCUUACGAAAAUGUCAGAAUCCAUCAUGGCUGCUUUGGUGAGGAGCUGUUCUCCUGUGGUCAUGCCAUUGGAAGGCAGUUGUAUGCCAAGAAUGCUUUCACAUGAGCUCCGAUUUUCUUAACUCUCCAGAAGGACUUCAGAAGCCUUUGGAGUUUUGAGACACGGCCUCUCUCUCCCUUCUGCUUGGAGACACCUUCCUGGGGGUCUCCACUGCAUUCCCUGCCAGUAUUGCUCUGUGGAGCCUUGUGCCCUCAGGUCCCAGAAAUGGGCUGUGUGGGAGCUUCCAGUCAGCCUGGUAUCUCGGGACCUUCUCAGCCAGGAAAUGAGACUGCACAAAGCCCUGCGAGGCCCAGGUGUGUUAUUUCUCCUUCCCCGACAUUGCAUAAUCACUGCUGACACAGCAUUUGGGGAAGAUUUAACGUCUUGGGCCAGCAGCUGCCAUCUGGAACCAUCACCACAUAGCAGGUUGUUCUGUCCCAUCCAACUGGUGAGGGGGCCGCCCUAAUGACAAGGUCCAGGACCUGGGUUGGGUGGUGGGAGGCUGGGAGCUGGCAUGGGCGUUAUCGUGCUUCUUUGCUGAAAAUUGCUAUGGCUCUUUUCCCCUAACAGCCAGCGUGGGAGAGCCAAACAUGAGACACAAGCAUCCCCUUGAGUGCCACAGAUCUUGCGCCUUGCUCUCAUCAGGCAUUUCCUUGGAGAACAGCAGUCAGCACCUCAUGGAAGUGAGCCCGGUGCAUGGACUUUGCAUGGACUUUGCACAGGUUCCAUUUCCAUUGUGUGCAGACACCUGUAUCUUUGGGCUCCACGUUAGCAUCUGCCCUCUUCACUCUGAUUUUUUUUUUAAGAGACAGCAUCUUACUCUAUCACCGAGGCUGGAGUGCAGUGGUGUGAUCACAGCUCACUGCAGUGUGAAACUCCUGGGCUCAGGCAAUCCUCCUGCCUCAGCCUCCCAAGUAGUGGUACUACAGGUGCAUGCCACCACACCCACCUAAUUUUUUAUCUUUUAUAGAUACAGGUCUCACUGUUGCUCAGGCUGGUCUCAAACUCCUGGCCUCAAGUGAUCCUCCUGCCUUGGCCUCCCAAAAUACUGGGAUUAUAGGCAUGAGCCACUGUGCCUGGCCUUCACUCUCAUUUUUUUAAAGAGCCCUACAGUGACCUUCAGAUCUUGUCAUUUCUCUACCAUUGUGUGUGAGACAGGGCAUGGGGUGAGCUUGGUUAGGUGUGGGUCAAAAACCUGGAGACUCAGAGCUGCUGGUUCCCCGAGAGCCCACAAAAGUUAUCAGAGUUUCUAAGCUGAGUGUUCUGCAAUUGCCAGACCCCACAAUGCUGGGAAUACUGGCUUCUUUGUGUUUAGAACUUCUUCUGAGAACCUUGAUGAGAACACAUCAAGCAAGCAGUUCCUCCCAGCCAGGGCUGGAGCAACAUGCCAAAAAACAUUCUUGUCUAUGGGAAAAAGACAACCAGUAUUUUGUGCUGUUUGACCAAGUUGUUUUUAAAUAUACACAUGCCUCAACAAUCCACGGCCUCAAUCGCACUGCUAAUUUGUUUAAAUCCCUGACACUCAGAUGUCAAGACUAGCUUCAUCUAGCAGUGUUCUCUUUAAAGGAACCCUUUUUUUUUGUUUUCAUUUUAAUCACUGCCUUCUUCUCUGGGAGGUAUUGUGGGCUAGAGAAAGAAGUCAGGUUUGGGAGUCAGCCAGAUUUAGAUUGGAGUCCCAGCUCUGUCACCAGAUCUCUGGGUGAUCUUGGCAAACUAACUUCUGAGUUUCUGUGCAUUAUAGGCAUUCAGCACAUAUUUGUUGAAUGAAAAAUACUUUUCUUGAAAGUUUAUGAAGUUGUAGGAUGCCCAGCAGCCCCUUUUCUCUAUUUCCUUCCUCUUGAAGCAAGCGUUGACUAUACCUCUUUCCCUAACCCUCAGUUUACCAUAGCCUCUUCCAACCUCUCUCCAAUCCAUUACUUUUUUCCGAGCUACCCUGUCUCAAAUCUAACUCAGGCCUUUUUGCAAGAGGAAGUUUAAGCCAUUGUUUACUCAUUAACUCACUUGACCCUUAGAACAAUCGUGGGAGGUGUUUAUUUCGGAAAGGAAGCUAAAGCACAGGACAGAAAAAUAACAAGGUCAUAGAGUGAACUAGUAAGUAGCAGAACCGGGAACAUAGGACUCUUAUUUUCAAACACUCUAAACUUCACUGCAGUUGCAAAUGCGCAACCAAAAUGGCCGCCUUGAAAGGAUCUUUUGCAGUAAAAUCUCAGUGUCCAACAUCAAAGACAGUUCUUCAGGACCUCCAAUUAACUAUACAUCCUGCCCCCAGCUGCUCAUCUCUGCACCUCUGACACGUACUUCUCAGAGUAGGAAAUUGGGCUUUCUCCUUCAACAAGAAAAGUAGAGAAGGCCUGAGGACAGUGUAAUUAAAAUGGAGAAGUAGAGACCAUGAAUUACUUGGAUGAAUUCAUAACUGGUUGGUCUCUGAGGCAGGGAUUAUUAUUUUUCCUGUUUUUAAGCUUAAAAGUAGUGAUUUUUGCAUUGUUACAAAAAACAAAAUAGCAAAAUAUCAUUUGAUACUUGUAUUCUGUUUGCAAUAGCUACCACUUCCUUUAGCCCCAGCAAAAAUCAAUAGGUAUGUAUUCUCUACAAGCCCAUGCUGUGCCAGAAUGCCAGUAUUGCUAAAUGUCAUGCAAGUAUUUAGACACUUUUUUAAAGGAAACUCUAGGAGUGCCUGUUCUCUGGAGAGUUGACAUUGUCCAAAGUAGGCCAACACUGGUAUGGGUAUGGAGAACCCACGUCCUAGCUCUGGAUCACCUGCAGAUGCCUUGAAUUUACCCCUCUGGGUUGGAAGUGGGAAGACUUCUUUUAAAAGUCCUUUCUAGGUUUAAAAAUCCAAAGGUUACAAAGGUAGUUUUUAUUUAUCUCAAUAAGUGGCCUAUUUGCUUAAAGCAAGCGUACCUCUGUAUAUAACCCCAAAGCUUAGGGCAGUGUUUCUUGGCUUUAGUAUCUGAGAAAGGUGCCUUUGGGAAGAGUUUGGUCAAACAGAAGGUAGUCUGAAUCUUAAAGGUUUCGGAUGAAUGUUUGAAGUAGAACCUGGGAAAUCUGCUUCCUAGGGCUGUUAGAACUAAAUUGGUCUCCUUAAAUUACGUCAGCAUCUGAGACAGUUUCCUAAGGGAAUUUCUUUUAAAUUCAAAAGUUCAACUGCAGGAAUAAAUAGCUGUACAGGACUAGAUCUUCCUAUCCCUCAUCUUUUCCCCUUCCCCGAGGAACGACUCAAAAAGGCUCCUGAAAUUCUACUUAGAAUUGGAGCCAUUUGCAUUCCAACAAGGAUCCCUUAAGCCAAAGGCUGGCGUGUUUGUGUAGAAUAUCCCUGGGGUAGGGGCGGUAGCUGCGGGGAGGGAAUGUGGUGCAGGGGACACCUGCCCUCUGCCCUUGAAAUUGCACCAUAAGAUGCUGCCUAUGUCACUCACAGUGGUGCUGAUACUAUCCGCCAAAGACAAAUUGUGAACAUGGAAAAAUGGUCGUUCCUUACUGUACAUCCUCAGGACAAACUACUAAACUUGGAGACAGGAGAUUGUUCAGACCAUAUUGUAGUGGGUGGUGAUCAUUGUUUUAUUUUGGGGGAGUCUGGUCUAUCGGGCAGAUUUAAUGUUUCCCUAUUGUGCAGGGCUUAAUUGACUAUGUCUGAAAGUUUUUACUGAGAGCUCUAAGAAAACUAUUGAGAUAAAUGAAAUGUUAUUUUGUAGUACAAGGAUUAUUUUUGUCUAUUUAGGAUAUACAUAGCUGUAGCUUUGUAAAAAAAAAAUCUUUGUAAAAAAUAUAUGAAUGUGCCGUCCUAUUUAUUGAUUACUGUAAAUUAAGAUAUAAAUGGCUAUUUGCAUAAUUUAUACCUGUGGGAAAUUAACUGGAGUAUUUGUUAUUUGACUGUUUUCUAUUAAGGAAUAUUAGGCUUGGUGCUAUGAUGAAUGAUCUUGUAAAAUUAUAUGUAUUCUUAAGAAAAUUUUUGAAUAUAAACUUCUUGAACUGA